GUGUAGGCCACAGAGUAUUCUGUAUUGUUAUUCCUUAACAUUGACAAUUCAUUUACAACGACUAAUGAGAAAUAACAUUUCUUGGAAUAUAUUUACAUUUACAUUGAGAAUUUGAGUUUGCGAUUCCCAUUGCUGCUAAAAUAUAAUCAUCCAUCAACUUAUUGUUAUUCUAUUAUAUUCAACUCAUUGAUUAUUCUUUAUUAUUUAGUUCAAUAAGUCAUAAAUAUGUCUAUCGGUUCUGUUUAUGAAAAAGCAUACAAAGGUGAUUUUAACCAAGUUAAAGUUAAAAUAGACGAAGAUAAAUCUUUGUUAUUAGCUGCAGAUUCAAAUAACCGACUCCUGAUUCAUUGGGCCGCCUUAAGUGGUAAUGAAAAUCUUGUGGAUUUCCUCAGAGAUUUGGGCAGCCCCAUUGAUCCAAUUGAUGACACAAACAGCACGCCGUUAAUAUUAGCCUCAUCUGCAGGACGGUUUGAAGUUGUGAGACUUUUAAUUGGAAAAGGAGCAAAUGUGAAUCUUAAAUCCAAUCGAGGUCAAUCAUCUUUACAUUAUGCCUGUUCAAAGGGUCAUAAAGAGAUAGCAAAAUUACUAAUUGAUUCUGAUGCCAACGUGAAUGAGGUAGACAUACUGGGUGCAACACCACUGCAUAGAGCUGCUGCCCAGGGUAGAUCCAACAUAGUAGAACUGCUUUUAAGAAGCCCAAGCAUCCAAGUAGACUCAAGUGAUUCUACUGGCUGCACAGCAUUGCAUUUGGCUUGCGAGGAGGACAGAGAAGCAGUUGCCUGUAUGUUGGUUAAAGCUGGUGCAAACAUGAACAAAAGCAACAAAGAAAAAAGGACUCCAUUAGAUAUUUGUUCUGAUAGGUUAAAAAAAACCUUAUUAAACUUAACUGUUUAAAUUUCA